AUGAAGCUCAUCAACAAGCACGUCGAAAGGGAUGGAUCGGGCUAUGUGACCCUCCGUCCAGAGGAUGAUGAAGACAUGUGGCAUGUCUACAACUUGAUAUCAGAGGGGGACGAAGUCCGAGCUCUGACUAUGCGCAAGAUCAACACUUUAUCGUCUACGGGAACGACAGAUUCCUACCGAGUCAGAGUAAACUUGACUCUACAAGUCGUCAAGACGACAUUCUCUCCCGCUGCUUCCAGCUCGACCAGCAGCGGUGGACAAGAGAAGAAGGAACCCACAGCGAGUCUUCAGGUAUCUGGCAAAGUCAUCCAGGAAAAUGACUACGUCCGUAUGGGAGCUUUUCACACUAUCGACUUGGAAGCCAAUAGAGACUUUCGACUGACCAAAGCGACUGGUUGGGAUUCAGUGGCUCUGGAAAGGAUAGAAGAGAGUACAAAAGAGGGUAGAGGCGCUGAAGUUGGAGCUGUCGUCUGUGGAGAAGGCACCGCGGCAAUCUGCCUGUUGUCGGAGCAUAUGACCGUCGUUCGACAACGUAUAGAUACAGCUGUUCCACGAAAGCGGAAAGGUGGAACAUCUGGUCAUGACAAGGCAAUGGAGACCUUUUUCUCCAAUGUCUAUCAAGCUGUCCUCCGAUUGAUACCAUAUCAGACGCUCAAAGCGAUUGUGAUCGCCAGUCCAGGCUUUACGAAAGAGUCCCUAUAUGACUACAUUUUUCACCAGGCGACCUUGACCAACAACAAGCCCCUCAUGGCGUCUCGGUCAAAGUGGAUCAAGGUUCAUUCGAACACUUCUCAUGUCCAUUCCCUAGUUGAGGCAUUGAGAGCUCCGGAAGUGUCAAAAAUGCUGCAAGGUGCCAAGUUUGCGCGUGAAGGGUUGGGGCUGGACGCUUUCCACAAGAUGCUAGCUACGGAUGAAAUGAGAGCAUGGUAUGGGCCUGAACAUGUCGCGUUGGCCGUAGAUAGAGGUGCCGUCGGCACUCUCUUGAUCUCGGAUGAUUUAUUCAGGUCCAGUGAUCCAGUGACCCGGAAUCGAUAUGUCGAGAUGGUGGAAGCUGUCCGAGCUCGAGGUGGCGAAGCCUUGAUCUUUUCCUCGAUGCACGAGUCAGGUCAACAGCUUAAUCUAUUGACGGGUAUAGCCGCCAUCUUGACGUAUCCGCUGGACAUUGAGAUAGUCGAGAUGGAAGAGAGGGAGGAGAAGGAGCGCUUAGAGAAAGAGGCCAAUGGAGUUCAAGUGGAUGACGACGAGGAGGAGGAGGAGCAGCAGCAACAGCAUGACGGUGCUCCGAGUACCCCAUGA